UGAAAGGUAAUGGACCCCUUUCCACCCACUCAUUGGCUAAAGGAGACAAAACCCACCUCUCCACCCUCUUUCAUCUAUCAUGCUCGACCAACCAAGCAAAAGGAGGAAGGAAGGAGCUUUGCAAACCAUUCCCAUAGCUGAAAAUUCGAGCUCAACCUAAGGGAGUCCAAAGAGGAAGAUAAAAGAAGGAAAAAGUUGGGGAAAGUGUGAUUUAUUAAGGCACUUGUAAAGGGCAUUUCAAUUGAUUUCACAAAGUUGGAAAAAGUCGCCAGAGUUGUCGCCGGAGUUGACCAAGUCGCCGGAGUUUCACCGGAGUUCAACCAAGAAGGGUAGAACUUCUUAACGCUAGUUCAAGGUUGAAUCUAGGGCUUGCUACUUGCACCUUCUCACGGGUGAUAUCAAAUCAGGAAGACGUGAAAUGGAGGGUAAGCGAAUGGCAACAAGAAAUGACCCUAAGGGACAAGCGUCGGUAGCUUACCUUGAGGCUAGCCGGGCUGUGUCACGAGCCUUUACGGGGAGAGGAAUAGGCCAUGGGGGCCGUGAGGGCCGCCAAGCGGCAAACGCUAAUCAAGUGGGCUCGAUGUGUAACAUGAACACCAGGAGGAACGAACGUAGGCGUCAGGCGAGGCGAGAUCGGGCCACCUCCCAACGUGAUAUGACUGUCAGCCAAACCCAUCCUUGGGCAAACGACCAAGGAGGAGAAAGCACUCUUACGGCACCGGCAUCACCGGUGAAAAAGAAAAGGAACUCAAAGUGGCACACGUCCUUUCCUUACUCCUUAAGACCAUCCAAAUGUUCUAAUUGCUCUAAGAAACAUUUAGGAAAGUGCAACGAGCCCCCGGUGUGCUACAAAUGUGGGAGCACAACCCAUAUGAAAUUAAGUUGCCCAUGGAGGAGGCAACGAGAGACAUUGCAAGCCGAGGAAGGGCUCACUGUGGAAGGAAACCAUACGGAACCAACGAUGAGCAACGCUACGUCCGUCAAUCAAGGCGGGGCCCAAGCAAGGGUCUACGCAAUGACCGAGGCGGAUGCGAGAGCAAACCCGGACUCCGUUGCAGGUUGAAGCUAGGGCUUGCUACUUGCACCUUCUCACGGGUGAUAUCAAAUCAGGAAGACGUGGUUCGUGCUUCCUUAUUUUCUUUCAAACUACCGAACACUUGCUCAUGGAUAUUUGUUCUACUAUAAACUAUUUUUGGGGCUUGCAUGCCCAUGUUGUUGGCCGGUUGUGGCUUAUGACUUACCAUUGAAUAUUUCCGCUAUUCAUUGGUUUAAAUGUGAUGUUGUUAUGUAUGUUUACUACUGAGUAUGGAUGGAUUGUUUUCUCGAACGCCUUGUGUAAUUAAGAGGGGUUGACUCGCGGGUGACGUCACUUAAUUAUACGGCGGUUGUACACGCGCUUGGAUUGCGGUCUGGGGCGUGACAGUAAGGAAGCAUUGAAACAUCACUCAGCUUAAAUACUAAAGUUUCUACGCGUAAAAAAAAGGAAUAAAGAUAAUGCAUCUUUAUCUUUGCAUUGAAAUGAGAAAACAAGUUGAGUGAAGAUUUUUUAUCUGUGUCACUUCAAGACAAAGACCAACCAUGCUGCCUCAGUCAAGUGGAACAAAACAAAUAGAUCAAGCUACGGUCAAGAUUGGUUUCCCUUGCCAACGGUACGUGGAGAUUCAAUGCUCAAGUCUAUAAAUACAGAAGCAGUGCGGGAAUACUAAGGAAAUGUUUGCAACAGCUUAAAAAACACUUCUCAGCUUUUGGCUUAAAAAAGCACUUAUUUACAAAACAUUACCAACUUUUACUUUUUCUCGGCUUGCGUGUGAAAAGUGUUUUCCCCUUUUCUAUUACACACAAAGCACACUUAUUUUACCAAACACUACCAACUUUUACUUUUCAAAAUCAUUUUUUUCUCAAACACUAUCAACUUUUACUACUAAUCAUUUUUUCAUUACAUCUCCUAAAGUGCUUUUUUUUAAAAGUAGGAGUUGCAAACACUCCCUAAGUGUGGUAAAACGAGAGGAGCCAAGUGGAAUAGAAGGGAAUCAAAACAUCCAUGAUCACAUCCAGCCAUCUGAUUCCCCUUCACCAUUUCGUGUACCACCCCACUCGUCUAAUGCUCUUAGACUAGCUACAAUUCAUACAAAUCUAUAGAGUUUAGAUUAGUUGGUAGCUUAGAUAUACACCCAUGUAUACUAGAUUAGUGUAAGACAUUCUGAAGGACUUUGUGUUCAAAUCGAGAAGGUGAGAAAGGGCAAGGACAUGAAUAGCUCUUGGCAAGUCAAUGUCAUUAGUGAAAAACCUUGGGUCGACUGAGUAGCUUGGAAUGGUGUUGAUAUUCCUUGUGAAAAACCUCACAAUCUACGCUUGAGCCAAGGGUAGAUUGGGCACUAAAUGUAAUGGGAUAUUCAUUUAGUGGGAAUCCAUCUGAAAUAGGCUGGGACUGGAUGUAGGAGGAUUACGCUACCUCAGAACCAGGAUAUAUGUUGUGUCACCUUUUACAUUCUGUUCCUAACAAAAAUUCAGUUUUCAUUCACCUUCACAACUUCACAGUAAAACAGCUUGCUCACCAGGACUUUCCAGUGAACAUUUACAGUUCACUGUGAUUCAACUCCUUGUUUUCUAAACAUCAAAAUGAUCUAUUUUCAUAGGUCUAAAUCUUUCAUACUUAUGUGUUAAGACUAGUUCUAAAGCCUAUUAAUGUGUUAGAGUAUAGUUCUUUGCUAUACCUUAACUAAUUAAAACAGAACUUUAAUUGCAGCAGCCUGCUCCUAGAAGUUUUGGCAGUCAGCUCCAAAGUCUCUGGCAACUAGCUCCUUCAGGUUUCAGAAGCCUGCUCCUUGAGUCAUCUAUUUCUGGCAAACACAUUUGUAACAUGUUUAACUCAUCUCUCUCACAACUAAAAGGGUCAUAAUCUUUGUUUUUAUAAAGUGUCACACUCUUGAGAUCAAGACUUCCGUUGCAUGUUUCUAUAUCUCCCAAAAGAUAUUGAAACUCAUUCUAUUAGAGGAAAAAG